AUGAAGACCUUCACCACCAUCGUCCUCGCCGCGGCGGCCGCCACCACGGGCGUCAUGUCCGCCGCCAUCGGCAGCAGCCCUCACGCCGUGGUCAACCCCGACUCCGGCGCGAGCUUCAAGCUCGCCGACAGCGUCGUAAACUCGGCCGCCCUCGACCGCUUCCAGAACGCCCAGAUCGUCCACGCCAGCGUCAACUUGAAAGCCCGCCAGAUUCUCGAGACCGACCCGGACAGCAACGUGACCACCCCCGACAACGUCUUCGUGCUUCAGUGCACCGACCCUGGCUUCCGCGGUAACUGUCUCGUUUUCGGCUCGCCCCCGGGCCAGUGUGUCUCCUACUUCAACUUCGACAGCCCCAACUCCACCGACAUCAGCGACAUUUUCAACAACCAAGUCGCCUCCCUGUCCACCAACACCGGCGGCGCGUGCCAAUUCUACAAGCACGAUGGCUGCGACGACAAGGGCGACGACCCCGGUCUCAGCUCCGACUACAACUACAACCUCGCCGUUUCCCUCCUGGAGGACCCCCGCACUGUCGAGUACGAUAACGCCAUCACCUCCUGGAGGUGCUGA